AUAGUAAUUACGUAGAGAUGACAAUCAUGAGUGAAGAGGGUGAAAAACGAAAAUCGAAAAAGAAGUCAAAAUCUCGCAGAAAUGAUUAUGAUGAUGAUUAUGUUGAGAGAGAAGUGGCUAAGGCUAUGAAACAGAUGGAGAAAGCCAUGAAACAAGCAAAAAUUGCGGAAAAGGAAGCUAGGCAAGCUCACAAGGAAGGUUCAAGUACUAGACGUAACAUCAAUGUGGCCGGUGAUAGCACAGAUGAAGGCAAAACAGGUAUGACGAUUAUCCACAACACAGUUACACAUCCUGGAACAUACAUACAUGUAGAAUCUGCUGAAAAUAUUCAGGUUGGUUCCCAUAACACCAUGCAUAUCUAUAAAGACAAAAAGAAGGGCCGGAAAUCAUCCAAAAGGGAUUCAUCUUCAGAUAGUGAUGAUGGUGCUGCACUAGUCAGACAGGCAACAGUUCCAGUACAAGAGAAAGAUCCCAGUGAAAUGACAGAAGCUGAAAGAAGGAUUUUCAUUGUAUUAGAGUCUAAGAGAGAAGUAGCACAUGAUGAUAUGACUGUCUGCUCUGAACAUGUUGGGAACUGGAGAAGAUUUUUGCGUCACCUUGGACUAGAAGAAAGUUUACUGGAGCAGUUACACCAGGAUUAUUAUGUUGAAGGUGUUCGUCAGAUUAUAUAUCAGGGAGUUUUAGAAUGGACUAGGAAAGAAGGAAGGAAGGCUACUGUAGGUGUUCUAGCUAGAACAUUACAAAAAGUUGAUUACACAGAUGCUAUUUUUCAUUUACAGCCUUGAUGCAUGUAAUCACAUGGAAUAAAAUGUGAACUGUAGCAUAAAAGUGACCAUAUCAUUAUGAUUAGGAUUUUUCAGUAACUGAAACUUUAGAAAUUCUUUUCUAGUUCAGAAAAUAUAUAUUGAGGUAUACAUCGGUGUCCGAUGUUGUAACUUAACAGAUUGGAGACCAGUCUCAAGACACAAGUAUCUGAUUGGUUGUUUUGAGCUCAGUGUUAAAAUUAACCAAUGACAGAGCUGAAUUUUGAGACUGGUUUCCAAACUCCUAGUUUUAUAACCUUGAUACUUCAGUAAUCAAUAUGGCAAAAUGUGCCAAUGAGAUUCAAUAAAAAGU